AUGGAACAUGAGGAGACAUUGGCAAAUAUGGCUAGGAAUACACGCCAGGGUCAAACGAAUCGACGGACUGGUAAUAGUAAUCGGCGAGGGAAUGUGACUAAUAAUGGUAGUGGUUCUCAAGCAGUCGGAGGAAAUCAGUGGCAAGAGUUGGGACACCAAGAACAAGCUGCAAUCCCCAAUCCAAUUGAAAUGGUUAAAGUGUUUCAAAUGUUGGCCGGGGUGGUGCAACAACAAACCACUAUAGGGAAUAACUUGACUAGACUUAUGGAGCAACAACAGCGGAUGCAACCAGGUGUUGGGCCGCAACCAAGGCCACGUUGUAACAUUACCGAGUUUAAGAAGAUAGCCUUAGCAUUUGACGGAGCCACAGACCCUUUGGAGGCUGAAAAAUGGUUGACAGAAAUGGAGAAGUUGUUUCCCGUUUUUGAGUGUACGGAUGAUCAGAAGAGGGAAUUUUUGAAGUUAGAGCAAGGGAAUAAGACGGUUGCAGAAUAUGAAGCUGAGUUUACGAAGUUGUCUAAAUUUGCAUCAGCAUUUGAAGCAGAUGAGGAUAGCAGAGCACGAAAGUUUGAAGGUGGACUAAGAACGAACAUUAUGCAACAAGUGGUUCCUUUCGAGUUACCUACUUUUGGAGCAGUGUUGAAUAAGGCUUUGCUAGUUGAGAGUGGCCUUACCAGAGCCCAAGAAGAGAAAGAAGAGAAUUAUAAGAAGAGGCCUAGUUCUUCCAACUUCCAAACUAACAAUUCGAAGGGCAAUACUAAGAGACAAAACACUUCUUCGGUUGGGAGUUGGGGAAGUCGAACUAUGGGUAGUAGUGUUGAUAAGAAGAAUGAUCGGGUACAAUGCACUAGGUGUAAUGGAUUCCAUCGGGAUAGUGAGUGUCGUUGGAAUACUGGGGCUUGUUUCUCUUGCGGGCAACAGGGGCACAGGAUAGCUGAUUGCCCUAAUCGGAAGGGGCAUGAGAUUGAACAGAAAACAUGGACAAAUAAAGGAGCAUCAACAGACAAAGGGUCUUCAGGAAGUCAAAAGAAAAAUGGAGGUCAUAAGCCAAAGACUCAGGGCCGAGUGUACGCACUCACACAACAAGAUGUUCAGACUUCCAACACGGUGGUGUCAGGUACUGUUUUAGUGUCUUCUGUUUAUGCACAUGUGUUAUUUGAUUCUCUAAGUAGGUGA